UGGGAAAACAGCAGAAAAGCUGCAGAAUUGAGAUUGCCUUGAUUGAUUUGACUGGCCCCAAGGAGCCGUCCAUUGUUUUGCUAGCGAUUAUAAGGUUAUAAAUUUCCAGACACAGACACCAUCCGUCUCCUCUUUCUGCGACGCCAUGACUUUUGCCGAUAUUUUGGACAAUGUGGGAGGAAUGGGCCGCUUCCAAAGGAUGAUGGUCAGCUUCCUAGCCAUCCCACUGUUGAUGCUGGCCAGUCACAACCUCUUGCAAAACUUCACCGCCGGCAUCCCGCAGCAUCACUGCCAGAUCCGCAUCGCGUCCAACGCCACUCGUCAAGGCAACGGCACCGUGGGAAACUUGAGAGCCGAUCAGCUCCUCAGGAUCUCCAUCCCAACGGACGGGAAGCGACGGCCCGAGCAAUGCCGGCGUUUCGCGGCCCCGCAGUGGCGCUUCCUGGACCCGAAUGUGACUCAUAGCAACGAGACGGUAUUCGACACUGAAGCCUGUGAAGAUGGAUGGACUUACGACCGGAGCGUGUUCAGCAACACGAUUGUCAGUGAGUGGAAUCUAGUGUGCGAAUCUCGGUCCCUGAGGCAAAUGGCUCAAUCCCUUUACAUGGCUGGCGUGUUGAUUGGAUCGCUCCUAAUCGGAAAUCUCUCGGACAGGUUUGGCAGGAGAUCCCUGAUCAUUUGGUGCUACCUGCAGAUGGGGGUGGCCGGAGCUGGCACGGCCUUUGUGCCCAACUUCACCAUCUAUUGCGUCCUCCGUUUUCUGUGUGGCAUGGCCAUGUCCGGCAUUUCCCUCAACUCAGUUUCUCUCUGCAUGGAAUGGAUUCCCAGCAAAUACCGGGCCAUCGUUGGCACGAUCAACGGUUACAGCUACACAACUGGGCAGUUCAUCCUGGCUGGCAUGGCGUAUCUCAUCCGCGACUGGCGCUGGCUGCAGCUGGCCGUCUCCCUCCCUUACUUCGUCUUCUUCCUCUACUCCUGGUUUUUCGUCGAAUCCGCCCGCUGGCUGGCCAUUUCGGGGAACCAGGAGAAGGCUGUGAGAGGGCUGAAGAAGGCGGCCUGGAUUAACGGGAAGAAGGAAGAGGGGAAUAAACUCAGCGUAGAGGUUUUGAAAAGCAGCAUGCAGGCAGAGGGUUCUUCCACCAAAUCCAGACACAGCAUGGCCGAUCUGGUGCGGACGCCGGGAAUGCGUCGCAUUUCCUUUGGGGUCAGCUUCUUUUGGUUUGCCACCAGCUUCGCUUAUUAUGGGCUGGCCAUGGACCUGCAGAAUUUCAACUUCAACAUCUACCUGGCCCAGCUGGUGUUUGGGGUCGUCGACAUCCCUUCCAAGUUCAUCUCGGUGAUCACCAUCAUGUACGUGGGCCGACGGUUCUCCCAAGCGCUCUCGCUGAUCAUGGCUGGACUCUGCAUCUUGGGCAACAUCUUCGUGCCGCAAGAUUUGAGCACUCUAAGGAUGAUAUUUGCCGUGGUUGGCAAGGGGUCUUUGGCUGCUUCGUUCAACUGUGCCUACAUCUUUUCUGGAGAACUUUUCCCAACCAUAAUCAGGCAAUCUGGAAUGGGCCUGGGGGGCACCAUGGCUCGGAUCGGGAGCAUGGCGGCCCCCUUGGUGAGGAUGAGCGGGGAGUUUUUCCCACCACUGCCCCUGAUCAUCUACGGCGCGGCCCCCAUCCUGUCUGGCAUCGUCACCUGCUUCCUUCCGGAGACCCGGAAUGUACCGUUGCCCGAGACGAUUGAACAAGUCGAAAGACGAUCAAAACCCAACGAAGAAGACGAACUGCAACUGAAGGUUCUCCUGACCUCGGAUAAAUCGGAGCACAUCAAAGAUGGACACUAAGGGGUGAAAAUCAGACCCUCCUCACCCCACCACCACCAUCAUCAGCAUCCUAUUCAACCAGCACUAGGUCCUCUUUUUCUGGGACAUCUCAAACGGGUUGCCCACGAGACCUCACCGGAAGAAUCCUCUGAAGGAGGAGAUGGGUUUGACGUGAAACUUGUGAAUGACCUUGUAGAAAGUCCAAGCAUGGCUUAGAAACACAAUAUUUUGCACGCCGGAGGAGAAAACUACGGUCAACCUCUGCUGCUUAUAAAGGAAUAUCCUUCUGCAGUUUUUUUUUUUUUUAAUCAUUUUUUUUCUCUCCAUUUAGACUUGAAUGAUAUCCGGGUUUUAUAUGUCUGUAAAGUGAGACCCGUUUUUUAUAUAUAUAGAUACACACCGAAUUUAUAUUUCGCUGAUAAAGAAAUAAAGGGAGACUAGUAUAGCUCUAUUUCAAGCUAUUUAGCUCUCAUCAGCUAGCCAUACCCUUACUUGGAUUCGAACUUGGGCUGCCUGCAUGUUAGGCAGUUGUAUUAACCUCUGAGCCACAAGUUCUCCUCCCUUCAUCAAUUGAGCCAGGGGAGAGAUGAAGUGUUUUUCUAUCGAGGCACCUGGUCUACCCCAAUAUUUGGGAGGGAGCAUACUGCGUCCCUUUCGCCUUUCAGCUCCAAUCCAGGGGCCCUCAAGCAGUCACAUUCACGACAAACCAUUUUUAUACCAAAUUUAUAGUUUGCUGAUAAAGAAAUAAAGGGAGACUAGUAUAGAUCUAUUUCAAGCUAUUUAGCUCUUGUCAGCUAGCCAUACCCUUACUUGGAUUCAAACUUGGGCUGCCUGCAUGUUAGGCAGUUGAAUUAACCUUCUGAGCCACAAGUUCUCCUUCCUUCAUCACCAAAUUUGGUAUAAAAUGGUUUGUCGUGAAUGCGACUGCUUGAGGGCCCCUGGAUUGGAGCUGAAAGGCGAAAGGGAAGCAGGAUGCUCCCUCCCACAUAUUGGGGUAGACCAAGUGUCUUGAUAGAAUAUAGAAUAUAUAUAUAUAAACAGUGAAAAUUUGAAAAUUCUGGAUUGCGGGUGCAGAAAUCGGGCGUGCGUGCAGCGAUAGGACUUCCCCCGUGAUAUAACUUGGUUUGCGGCAUAGCAAGGAUCAGUUUCACACUGUGUCCUAGAGCAUAAACAUGUAAACCCAGACGAGAAAAUUUUGCUGGUCGUGUUUACAACGAGAGUCACUUUUCCUCCUCUUCCCCCCCUCCCCUUUUUCUGUGUGUCCUAGCCAGCAUUACAAAACGGCUGAGUGCACAGUAAAUACACUUGGUUACGGAUUCACACAAUCCCAGCGAAUUGUAAAUGGACCAAACACGAUGGGUUUGAACGAUUCCCCCCCGAAAUCGAAGCAGACGAACAAGGUUUGUUCGACGACUAGCCGAGAGGAGCGCUUCGAGCAAUGGAAGAGAUGGGUUGGGGUUUUUUUCAUUGACCCAGUCUAGGGUUUGUGUGAAUCCAACCGACCUGCGUAUUUGGGUUGGCCUGAAAGAAGACAAGGGGGGUUUGAUCAGUGAUGCACAAUUGAUGACUGGAAACCCUUUAGGGAGGGUUUUUUUUUUUUUUUUUGCAUGAAAAUGGAAAAAAAAUAAAUGAAUGUGUGAUUUAUGGGCUUUGAGGCUUAGACAGGAUAGAUUAUAAAAAGAAGAAAAUCAGGAUGCAGCUUUAGAGAGGUCAAUUUAUAAUUGUAUUUAUAACUGCUACGAAGAAUUAUCGGAAUGGCUGUGAAGAAUAUUUAUAGCUUUUUAAAUUUCUCUUCUAUUUUUCCUCUUCCUUUUUUGCGCUUUCAGCUUCCUCUUUUGAGUUCUUUCUUCUCCGUUUUGCUUUUACCGUUUUUCCUUUUUUUUUUUUUUGCCGUUUCAGUUUUCUCUUUGAUUUUUCUUUUCCGUUUUUCUUUCUUGCACGCUCAGCUUUCUGAUUUUUUUUUCUUUUCUGUUCUUCUUUUACCUUUUUUUUCCUUUCUCAUGCUUUUCCUCUUUCUUUCUUUUCUAUUUUUCUUCCUUAUUUUAUAUCAGUUUGUAAUACGGUAGUUUUUAUCCUUCUCUUUCAAAAUAUAAUAAACAUUAUAUAUUUAAAAAAAAAAAAGAUCAGCAAAACGCAGUUAGGGAGCCUGCCAACAAUGGGCACAGCGUUUGUGAUGCCUACCUUUGAAUUUUCCAUAUAUACAACAACCACAGUCUAUAAUUUAUUGUAUUGUUUGCACUUAUAUUCUGCUUUUGAAUUUUGCAUAUGUAGGAAAGCAGUAACCUGUACUUUUUUUCUCUUUUUUUGCACUUAUAUUCUGCCACUGGGCACCACGUUUACAAUAUUCUCUCUGUGUCUGUAUUUGUGAAGAUUUGCUGACAUUUCAGGCACAGGGUGCCUUAAUAAAUUUACUAGUCCUCAAUGUG